CACAAACCAGCGAGCAUGUCCUCUCCCACCGACCCAGGACAUCCCAAGCAGGACGUGACCCCGCUGGGCCCGGUCGAGCCCCAGACGCGCAAGGCCCGCUGCCACAUUUGCCAGGCCACCCGCCCCCGCGCGUGGUACCGGUGCCCAGCGUGCAGCCAGACCUACCACGAGAGCUGCGUCCGGCUGCAGGGCGACGCCUGUCCGGCGUGCGGGGUCUCGUGGCCCGUCCUGCGUCCUCGCGAGGAACAGCCAGUCCUGCAGGCCGGCAACGCAGCCUGCCAGAUCUGCAAGCAACCGCACCCGCGCCCGUGUCGCCGGUGCACGACGUGCCGAAAGGCCUGCCACAGGGCCUGUGCCCAGGCGUUCGGCCCCGCCUGCCCGGCUUGCGGGACCGCGUGGCCGGUCCCUGCUGCCCCCCACAGCGCCAGCGCCAGCAGCCACUACGCCUACCGUGAAACCCCCGACGGGCGGUACGAGUGCACCUUCAAGGUGAAAGAGAAAGGCGAGGGCAAUCGCCCCUUUGGCCUCCUUCCCUGCGGCAAAUCCUACCAGCUGCUGACCAUGCUGCAGGCGCACUACCGCCAGGCCCACGGGAGAUUCCUGGACUGCUGCCAGUGCCCCGCCUGCGGGAAUUGCUACCCCACCAUGGCGAUCCUGCGCGCCCACCUUAAGUACUCCCAUGGGAGAACCCUGCCGCGCCUGCGCCCGUGUCCCAUCUGCCGGGUGCACCGUGCGCCCGGGCGGGCGUGGUUGAUGCAUAUGAAUGAGCAGCAUUUGCUGGGCCCGGCGGGCGCGGUCUGCACCGAGUGUGGGCAGCUGGUGGUGUCCUGGGAGGCGAUGGAGGGGCAUUUGGAGGACGUGCAUGAUGGUCCUCCUGUGGAUGUGUCUGAGAGUCCAGAG